AUGCCCUUCUGCAAUGGCCUGACGUCUACAGGCGAGGCAUGUCCUUGCCAGCGUUUUGUACCCCGGCAAAGGAAGAAGGGCAAGUCCGAGAAGUCGUCUACAAAAUGCGAAUGUCGGCAUCGUGAAAACUUGCAUGCUCUGGAGCCUGUUCGCCCCCCUCAGCUGGGCACCUCAGGGAAGACCACUGUAGCAGGAGUUGUUGACAUGUAUUCAGCUGAUCUUGGACGACUCCUCCACCCAACAAAGGCUACAGAGGAUGAGGCUAGGAAAGAGGCAAACACUGGGUUUCGCAAAGUUGUGAGGGAUGAUGAACGGCCUGUUAGUAAGGCGAGCAUGGGACGGGGUGGAGAUACUCGAUUUAAGGCCUCCGAGUCGGGACCGAAGCCAUCGAGAAAACUCUUAUCAAAGCCGGUGCCCUUUGGCCGUGUAGUCCUGUUGCCGUAUGGUGUCAAGUCCAAUAACAAGCUGCGCUCUCAAAAGGCCCCUUGGGGUUCGGCGGACUAUGAGAAACUGCAGAAGGCCGGCCUUGCUGCAAGCCGUGACGGCAACGAUGUCCUCAGUUUUUGCAAAGAAUGGAGCUCUCCCGCCAUCGAUGAGUGGCUGCGUCGUCUACUGCCCCACCCAUUUGAGUACCUGGAUGCUCGACAUGGUCAGCCUGAAGAAGGUCAAUACCAUUGGAAGCUUUUGAGCAGGUCUCGUAAGGUGAUGGACGUAGUAGAGAGGCCAGGAGAUAUCACUGGUCGUGAUAUGUUCAUGGUGCGUGGAGGGCCAGGGAAGAAUCGGGAUGAUUAUGUCGUGCAUUUCAGCUCUGUUCACAGGAUUCCCGGAUCGGUCUACUCGAAUUGGCAAGCUGCAAUGGGCCGAGUGAAGGAAGGCUUACCUGAGGCCAUCAAAAGGGGCGAGGAUCUUGGCGACCCGACUACUGAUGAGGAUGCGGACCUCAGUGACUCUGAGAAUGAAGGCUUCAGCAACCUGCCUUCUCAGCGUCCCAAGCCUCGCCCUGCAUACAAGGGAGUGAUUCCGGCGGCAGCUAACUUCAAGGGCAAGGGCCGCGCAGAACCAGGUUCCAGUUCUGGAAGUGAGGCUUCCACUGAUUUGGAGGGUGACGAUGACAGCGAGGAUGAAGAUGCAUGGAAGGCAGAUGAAGGUGCGAGUGUCUCCAAACCAGGCUAUAGCACCGGAGAAGAAGAAGACCUAGGCUGGCGAAAGUCGGAGAGGCUUCUAGGAAAGAGGAAAAGGUCAGACCAACAGAGUGGUUCCGAUGACGGGCUAGAGUCCGACGUAGAGUUUGUUGAGGGACCAAGCACCAAGAAAGCCCGUGCGUCUGGAUCCAACCAUACGGCCGUGUCCCCAAUCAAUGUCGACAACGACGAGUGGCUGCCUCUGUUCCUGCAGCCAGAUCCUCUUGCCCCAUCCGAGCCAUCUACAAGCAGCCAUAUUUCGGGGAACGUUGGGGUAGCAGGAUUAGAAUCGCCUGGUAAACCUCGUACUUGUCCUUGGCCAUCUAAGUAA